CCGCUGCGGGUUUCCGGCGAUGGCGGCGGGCGGCAGCGACCCGCGGGCGGCGGACGUGGAGGAGGACGCCUCGCAGCUCGUCUUCCCCAAAGAAUUUGAAACUGCGGAAACUCUCCUGAACUCAGAGGUGCACAUGCUGCUGGAGCAUCGGAAGCAGCAGAACGAGAGUGCAGAGGAUGAGCAGGAGCUGUCAGAAGUCUUCAUGAAAACCUUGAAUUACACAGCGCGCUUCAGCCGCUUCAAAAACCGUGAAACCAUCGCCAGUGUGCGCAGUUUGCUACUCCAGAAAAAGCUCCAUAAGUUUGAAUUGGCUUGUUUGGCUAACUUGUGUCCUGAGACAGCUGAGGAGGCCAAAGCUCUCAUUCCUAGCCUGGAGGGCCGGUUUGAAGAUGAGGAAUUACAGCAGAUUCUCGAUGACAUUCAGACUAAACGCAGCUUCCAAUAUUAAGGUUAACCCUCAACCCUUUUAUCUGAACAGAAGAACCUGGGGAGUUUGUUUCUCAGCCCUCUGGACCAGCUGAGCUCCUGGCUGAGUGAGGGAAGUUGUGGACACAGGGUACUUCAGUGCUGUGUCAUCACAGGUGCAUUCAGACUGGAGAUCAGCAUCGUCAUCUUGGUUUGUUCCAUCUGUAUAUUGGCAAGGGCCCCUGUAUUGUGAGAGCCAAAGAACCCGAAAAGCCUUUUCCCAGUGGCUCAGAUAUUUGUUUCUUCACCAAACUCUCUCCCCAGUUUGUAAAUUUUCACCGUGUUUCUGGGUUUUAGCAGAAAUAUAGAUGUAAUUUAAUUUCUGGGGGGGAAUUUCUAAAAGAGACGGAGAAACUUAUUCUUGGCUCUCAGAAGAUUCAGUCAUGGGCAGCAUCAACUUCUGUGGUGUUUUUUUUGUUUGUUUGGGGUCAUUUUAUUGUUUGAUUAGGACAGUGAAUUUUUACAGCUUCAAUAAUUUUCUAUUGUUUAGUGUAAAUUAAAAUAUAUUUUU